UCAUUUUAUUUUAUUUUAUUUUAUUUUGAAGUGUCUGUGGGUCUGACUCUAGGUUGGUUACCCAACUGGAACAUCUUGAUUUUUUUUUUUUGCCUGAGAAGUGUCUACUGUAUCCUUGACAAUCCCCUGAACACAGAGAUGUAGCAUAGCAACAGGUAGUUUAACAUCAGUGGGGGUUUCAUCAUCUCAGGUAUUUGCUGGAUGAAUGUUCACCUAGAGUGAAGGGGACAAACAUGAAAGCUUUUUUACUGAUCUGGGGAGUUUUCCAAAGUUUGGGCUUUGUAUGUUCUGAGAGCUGUGUACAGGCACAGGACUAUGUUUGUAACACAAUUCCAACAGGCUAUCCUCCUGGCCUGUCCUCUCUGGUGUUUUUUGUGCGAAACAUGGGCGAGAUCAACUCGACUGUUUUUAACAGUACUACUUUAUCCUCCGUCACCAAUCUCACUGUGACACAAAGUGCAAUUACAGCUAUAGCACCGGGGGCAUUUGCCCAGUUCCAAAAUCUCAAGAUGCUCAACUUACAAAAUAACAAUCUGUCCCAAGUGAACUCAGACUGGUUUAUUCACAAAAAGGUACUAGAGACACUCAUUUUGAUUAAUAAUAGCAUUACAGCUUUGAAUGAGAAUUCCUUCGCUGGCCUUGUGGGACUCUUGAACCUGAACCUGAGCCAGAACCGAAUUCACACUAUUACAUCAGAUAGCUUUAGCUUCCUGAUAAGGUUGAGAUAUCUGGAUCUGUCCCAUAAUAAGCUAAGACAUUUGAGUGUGGACACACUCAUGCCAUUAAACAACACUAAAAUGUUUUUGCACGAAAACCCCUGGGACUGUUCCUGCAGUGUGUACGAGUUCUCUCUCUAUCUAAGAGGGCUGCAAAGGCUCUCCCUGCUGCAGAAUGAGAUGGUGCUCUGUGAGAGCCCAGCUCAUCAGCGAGGAAAACCUGUGUGGAAUGUGUCCAAAUGUGUGAAUCCUGUAACAGAUGUAGUCCUUUCAAACGGAAACAGCCAAAACCUUACAUCAGGAAGCACUAAUCAGGCUACUAUUAUCAGCUUAGUAGUGGUACUUUGUGCCCUGGUACUUGUUAUCUGUGUUUUGUCAGUUUUGUACCACAGAAAACAAGAGAAAAAACAUCGACUGGCCGUCCAACCUUUUCCAGAAGAACAAGAUAAUGCAAUACAACCUCAACCAGACUGUAGAGCAACGGCAGAAAUUACUGAAAAAGUGGAAUCUAUUUCCCGUGAUCAGAGAACGCAAGAACAGACAGGCAAUAACAGACUUUUAUUAAGGCUGGACCAGACACUACUGGAGUCACAAAUUUACCAGAUAUACAACACAGGAAUAUACCAAACAAGAGAGAUGACUGGCCGAGCCAAAUCAGCAGAGCCUGUACUCUCUAGAACUGAUGGCUCUGAGAGACGUCCACACGCUGAAGUGGAAGAUCCAGGAGUGUGGAGGGGGAAGGUUCAAGCAGUACAUGCUGGAUGGACAGAACAGGAGUAUAAGGCUGAAUUGAAGGAAAAAGAAGGCGAGUAUGGAAGAAAGGAAGAAGAGGAACAAGCAGGAAAAACUGAAAUGAAGAAACAUAUUGAGAGACAAGAUGACGAGUUUCUCUCUACUUUAGCAGAGGGUGGAGAAAUGGAUAAACAUAUUUUGCAUUCUGAAAACUCUGUACCCAGUGAAGAAGACUAUGAUUCUGAUGAUGAUGAAUAUAAUUUGAGCUCCAGUUCAGCCAGAUCUCAACCCCCUCAGGAGCAUGCUGAUGACUUGCAGCCUAUGGGAGAUGUUGAGAAUAUGCCUUACCUCACUAUUGGAGCUGAUUCAGAAAAACAAAGCCCAAAUCCAGAGCAGAUUUGCAACACUAAGGCUUCCACUGGACAAUUGAAUUUAAGACCCAUCAGGCGCACAUUGUCCUGGCCUCCUACAGCAGCUCAGUGGAAAAAGCAAUGGGCUCAAGCCCAGCAGGUCCUCAGCAUUUCUCCUAAGCUGGUUUUUGUCACGCAAUAUGAGUAUCAUGUAGGCAUGUUUCCCUCUGGCAUUUCUUCAGCUAUUCCAGAAAAUAUCCCACGAGCCAGUUGCUCAGGGUUUCCUAAACAGCAACUACAAAUAAAGGACCUUGUGCACCUUGAAUCUGUGGAAACUUCUAUACAAACUGGUGAUCGAUCUCGCAUCAAAGAGCUAGAGACCAGAGAUUACGAUGAGGUAAAUGAAAAACAGUCUGAAAUGAUCAAACCUCAUCCUCAAGUAAAUAAAGAGGCACGUUCUGACUUGGUCACUAUCAAACCACUUUGUGAAGGGAUGGGGUCUAAAGCUACCAGUGAGGUGAAGGUAAGAAGCAGCAAGAAAAGCAAGACAAUUCGAUCUCCAAAGGACGAACAGAUUCGAGCCGUAACGGGGAGGAAGCCGAAAGGAGUGGUAAGAGAUGGAAGGAAAGAGCUGAGAAGCAGACAGAGGGAUCAGUCUCGCUCCAGCUCAGGUGCACACCCUUCUGGAGGGUCUCCUAGUGAUGACAACCUGCUAGUGGAUAAUGAGUACACCUUCAUAGAUCUUCUACAUGAGGUGGUGGAGAAUCACGGCCGCUGGACACGAGAAAAGUGGAGGCAAAAUCAUACGAACAAGGCAAAAAUAAAACAAGUCAGCAAGUCUUGAGGAAGCACCAUGUCAAGCCCCAGCAAUGAGAGUAGUUUAGAUAAAAAGAAAAUGAUAUUCUUGCUAAAUAAAUGGGCAGGAAGAUGAUAUAAUGUGCUCCAAGUGAACAUAUACCACAGUGCUGUUGAAUCUCAGCUCAAUUUUUUUUUAAUUAAUUUAUAUUGCUUAUUGUAAUACAUUAUAGUUUCUAUUAUAAUAUAUUUCACACGAACUUGUAUGGUCCACAUAAUAUACAUUUAAUAAUAAGCUAAUUAAGGAACUGUACAGAGAUUUUUAGUAACAUUUAUGAUGGGCGUCUCAGUGUCAUGGAGGAACAAACUUGUCUUUCGGAUGUUCCACAGCAUUUAAACAGAUAAAAACAGUUUAUUGUCAUUCGUUUAUAAAGUAAAUAUUGCAAUCAUGGAAACUGCUGUGGCAUAAGAAGAAUAAAACACUUCAGGAUGUACUCUCAUGAGACAUAAUAUAUUUCAGGGUAUUUACCGUAAUGUCAUUGAUUAUCUUUCUUGAACAGCACACCUCAUCGUUUUUUAUUCUUUACUUAC